CCGGGAAGAUGCUGAGCAGGUGGAUGAGCGGCAGCAGCAGGAGCCUGGAGCGCGAGUACAACUGCACCGUGCGGCUGCUGGACGACAGCGAGUACAGCUGCACCAUCCAGAGAGAUGCCAAGGGCCAGUACCUGUUCGACCUGCUCUGCCACCACCUGAACCUGCUCGAGAAGGACUACUUCGGCAUCCGCUUCGUGGACCCCGACAAGCAGAGGCAUUGGUUGGAGUUUACCAAGUCGGUGGUGAAGCAGAUGAGGGCCCAGCCGCCCUUCACCAUGUGCUUCCGCGUCAAGUUCUACCCCACGGACCCGGCUGCGCUCAAGGAGGAGAUCACCAGGUAUUUAGUCUUCCUGCAGAUCAAGCGAGACCUCUACCACGGCCGCCUGCUCUGCAAGACCUCGGAUGCCGCUCUGCUGGCCGCCUAUAUCCUGCAAGCGGAGAUCGGGGACUACGACCCGGGCAAGCACCCAGAGGGCUACAGCUCCAAGUUCCAGUUCUUCCCUAAGCACUCGGAAAAGCUGGAGAGGAAAAUUGCGGAGAUCCACAAGACGGAGCUGAGCGGCCAGACACCAGCUACUUCGGAGUUAAAUUUUCUACGGAAAGCCCAGACUCUGGAGACCUACGGGGUUGACCCYCACCCCUGCAAGGACGUGUCCGGGAACGCGGCCUUCCUGGCCUUCACCCCCUUCGGCUUCGUGGUCCUGCAGGGCAACAAGAGGGUUCACUUCAUCAAGUGGAAUGAGGUGACCAAAAUGAAGUUUGAAGGAAAGACUUUCUAUUUGUACGUAAGUCAGAAAGAGGAAAAGAAAAUCGUUCUGACCUAUUUUGCUCCGACACCAGAAGCCUGCAAACAUCUCUGGAAGUGCGGGAUAGAAAAUCAAGCCUUUUACAAGUUGGAGAAGUCGAGCCAGGUGCGAACGGUGUCCAGCAGCAACCUGUUCUUCAAGGGGAGCCGCUUCCGAUACAGCGGCCGCGUUGCCAAGGAGGUGAUGGAGUCCAGCGCCAAGAUCAAGCGGGAGCCGCCGGAGAUUCACAGGGCCGGGCUGGUGCCGAGCCGCAGCUGCCCCUCCAUCACGCACGGGCCGCGGCUGAGCAGCGUGCCGCGCACGCGCAGGAGGGCCGUGCACAUCUCCAUCAUGGAAGGCCUGGAGUCGCUGCGCGACAGCGCGCACUCGACGCCGGUGCGCUCGGCGUCGCACGGCGAGGCGCUGGCCGCCCGCGGCGCGCGCGCCGACAGCAGCGAGCGCGUGGCCGUCAUCGCCGACGAGAACUACAGCCCCGCGGACAGCGUGCUGCCCACGCCCGUGGCCGAGCACAGCCUGGAGCUGCUGCUGCUCGCGCGGCACCUCAACGGAGCGCCCUGCAGCAUCGAGGAGGAGAAGGAGGCCGAGGCCAGCACGCCCACGGCCGCCGAGGCCGCCGAGCCGCCCGGCCCGCGCGCCCUCGGCCCCGGCGGCGCCGCGCAGGCCCCACAGGUGAAUAAGUUUGUUUUAAGUGUCCUCCGUUUGCUCCUUGUGACAGUGGGACUCCUCUUUGUUUUGCUCCUCCUCCUCAUCGUCCUUACCGAGUCUGACCUUGACACUGCCUUUUUCCGUGAUAUUCGCCAGACCCCCGAGUUUGAACAGUUCCAUUAUCAAUACUUUUGUCCCCUCAGGCGAUGGUUUGCCUGCAAAAUCCGCGCCGUGGUAAGCCUGCUCAUUGACACCUGAAGGCAGGAGUCUCCUCCUAACUAGCCAGGUGGACUCGGAAGAUCCCGGCUACCUGUUCCCAGCAAUGGGACCCUUGUGGCACCAUCGGCACACACACUAAGUCCUUCUUUCAUGACUCAAAGUGCAGUGCGGCCCAGGACGUUUCUUUCCGA